GAUAUUUUAGCAGUUCGUGCUCACUUUAUAUUUUGACAACAACAACAACAAAAAUGUUGCGACUGAAGUUUAAGCCGAUUUCAUGGUCUAGAGUCGUUUACAAAAUAAGAAAAUCCGUUACAGAAAAGACAUAUAGUACAAUAGCGUUAAAUCAAGUUGAUGUCAGUAAGUUACAUGGACGAGUUGAGUUGCGUGUACCUUCUAUCAGCUGUCUGGACAAAUGUAGAAGAUAUUUUUCCUCUGAUGUACUGUUAAGUGAAUCAGAGUAUGAAGUAUUAGCAGAUGAGACUCUUGACUCACUAACUGAAAUGUUUGAAGAUUUACCUGACAAGUUUGAAUUGGAUCCAGAUUAUGAUGUAACUUUCAAUAGUGGUGUUUUAACAGUGAAAAUCGGCGGUAACUGGGGAACAUAUGUUAUCAACAAACAGACUCCAAACAAACAGAUAUGGUUCUCUUCUCCUAUUAGCGGCCCAAAGAGAUACGACUUUGUAGAAGGGAUAUGGUUGUAUAAUCAUGAUGGCAGUAAACUUCAUGAUCUACUAAAUGAGGAAAUCUCACAAGCUAUAAACCAUCAUAUAGACUUCACAAUCUGCUCUUAUGGAAAAAGAUAGAUGCCUUAUUUUCUUACCUGUUUAAUUGGUGUCAUAUUUUUAAUAAAUUGUUCAUUUUCAUUUGA